ACUCACCGACACACACAGUUUACAAUGCAUAUACCACUUCCUUGUUGAUUCCACCAUGAUCAGUAAAGUCAAACUGUUCCUGCUUAACAUUUUAGUUAUAUCGUGGUUAGGUCAAAGUGCCGGUUCCGAGAGCUGUUUCGGACUGUUCUAUCAAACUUACUUUGACAGCUACUAUGGACUUUAUGGUAUAAGCACCAAUUAUCGCCAUUUUUAUAGUCCCUCUGCUAAGUUCUGCCCAGAUCGUUGCUGUACGAUAACUGACGGGGCUACUUACUACUACAACUACAACUUCUUCUACAAUAGACUCUCAUAUUCCUAUAGGACCUGCUGUUAUAGUUACGUAGAUGUCACACCUUCCUACAAAUCAUCUGAAAAAUCAGCAAGCACCACAGGACUGAUCAUUGGGUGCACUAUAGGAGGGACGCUUUUUGCCGUGAUGGUAAUAUUUUCAUUGCUAGUGGCCCGUUGUAUGUACCGGGAAAGGAAAAGAAUUGGCUCGACAUCAACAUUAAAGGGAUCAAAUCCAACUGACGAAUCUGUUGUUACCAUGGCGGACAGCCCAGAGGUCGGAACCAGUUUCACUAUCACUACUUCAUCCACGACGACAAAACCAGCAACCGAAAUCAUUAUUACAUAGUUAGACUACACCAUUCCCUUCUUGUGAGGUCUGAUAGCAUCGCCGAGAGAUGGCAUAGUACUCGAGCCGGAGUACUUUUAUCUAAAAUUUCACAGCUGCUAAUGGAUUGUUCAGUGGUCGUAUACAAAUACGACAUGCCAUUUUACUAUGUAACAAGUGUUUCUUACGAUGCUUAUGACAUAAAUGUGUUGCAUUGUAGGAAUAAUAUAGUCAUAGCUUCAGUAAGUCCUCGUUCUAAUCUAUGAGAGUUUCUUCCCUUCAUUUGGCUUUGUCCGUAUAGUGGUAACAUACAUGUAACUGCCGACGUAGCCCGAGAAGGCUAGGUGCUGUACCCAACAUAUUUUAUCAGACUGUGGUCAUCAUGACUAGACCUGGUAUGACAUACAUUUGGAUGAUAUGCCCUAAGGCUGUUGAUAUCAUUGUACAUUUAAAAAAAAACAUUACUCUAUGUGUACACUUUGAAAUCUUUUUCGGCAUAGCCGUCUAAUUUUGUUUUGGCCCCGGAUAUGACGCGACAAGUGGCGUUACUGGUCAAGAUGGAGUAUGUGAUUGGUCAAUGUAGCGGUCAAUGCAAAAUGCAGAUAUGCAGUUAAAAACGAAACAAAGUUAAGAUUGAAUGCAAGCGAAAUAAGUGGAUGUAUCUUUUCAAAUGACAUAUUAAUAAAAUCAUAUUCCUGAUUCAAAUGCAGUCUUAUUAUUACCAAAAAUGAUUUAAACUGAUCUAAUUUUGUUAUCCGUGCUGAAACGCAUUAGCUCGUUGAUUUAUUUCACCUGCGGUAUUAUAACCACCAGCAUUAAAACUAUGCCGUUUAUCUUUUUUUUAAAGAUAUUUCUUGUUACAUAGUUAUAUGACCACCUUAAUAAAUUCAAAUUAAAAUCUUUCCCGUUUUCUUUCAUUUCCAUUUGAAAAAUAAUGUCCGAAGAAAUGAUAUUCACAAUAUAAUCUCUUCGAGGACACUUAUAAUUACCACCCAUCAAAAUGAAGAGAGGGGUGGAAUUUAACGAUAGCAACGGCAGUAAUAAUAUAGGCUACAUUUUAAAAUCGCUAAAUGCCGCCAUCUAAAAAUUAAGAAAAUAUUAAUUCGGUAUAUGUCAAAAACCUUUUGUAAUAAGUAUUCCGUUCUGAUAUUUUAAUUUAAUUUUUUUUAUAUGCAUCUCCAAGUGUAAGUACUAUUUUGAAGAACGAAUGAUGAAUUACGUAACAGUGGGUGCCUUUGUCCUUAAAUGUAUGUAUAUUAUUUAUCCAAUAAGUUGUAAAACUUAGGGAAUAAAGUUGAAUUGAAUUGAA